AGACGCUUGCGACAACUGUAACUGCAAGGGUAGUUUCGUCCAUUACACAAAUUACACGCCCUAUAUGUUAACGCUCACAAUUCAAAUCGCUGCUUCUCACUCUUUCAAUUCCUAAAACCCAGAAAUUCAGAUCUAGGGUUUUUCUUCCAAGAAGAAGAAGCCGAUAAUUCUUUGCGUUUUCAAAGAAAUCAAAGAGAAUGGGUGAAUUGAAAGAUACCGAGGUUUACGAGGAAGAGCUUAUCGACUAUGAAGAAGAAGAUGAAAAGGCUCUUGAUUCUACUAAACCCUCUACUGAAACUGUCAAGAAGGGCUACGUUGGGAUCCAUAGUUCGGGAUUUCGGGACUUCCUGUUGAAACCAGAGCUUCUUCGCGCCAUUGUAGAUUCGGGAUUUGAGCAUCCUUCAGAAGUGCAACACGAGUGCAUCCCUCAAGCAAUUCUAGGAAUGGAUGUCAUUUGCCAAGCAAAGUCUGGGAUGGGAAAGACCGCUGUUUUUGUUCUGUCAACACUUCAGCAAAUUGAUCCUGUUCCUGGUCAAGUUGCAGCACUUGUUCUUUGCCACACAAGAGAACUAGCUUAUCAGAUUUGUCACGAAGUUGAAAGAUUCAGCACAUAUCUUCCAGAUAUAAAAGUUGCUGUUUUCUAUGGUGGUGUCAACAUCAAGGUUCACAAAGAAUUGCUCAAGAAUGAGUGUCCCCACAUUGUUGUUGGAACACCUGGGAGGAUUCUGGCCCUGACUAGAGACAAGGACCUUGGUUUGAAGAAUGUGAGGCAUUUUAUACUUGAUGAGUGUGACAAGAUGCUGGAAUCACUUGACAUGAGAAGAGAUGUGCAAGAGAUUUUCAAAUUGACUCCCCAUGAUAAACAAGUGAUGAUGUUUUCAGCUACACUCAGCAAAGAUAUCCGUCCUGUUUGCAAGAAAUUUAUGCAAGAUCCCAUGGAAAUUUAUGUAGAUGAUGAGGCCAAGUUGACUCUUCAUGGUCUUGUUCAGCACUACAUUAAAUUACAAGAGCCAGAGAAGAAUCGUAAACUGAAUGAUCUUCUAGAUGCUCUUGACUUCAACCAAGUUGUUAUAUUUGUCAAAAGUGUUAGCAGAGCAGCAGAAUUGAACAAGUUGCUUGUUGAGUGUAACUUCCCAUCAAUAUGCAUACAUUCUGGAAUGUCACAAGAAGAAAGAUUGAAGCGAUACAAGGGCUUCAAAGAGGGGAAACAAAGGAUUCUCGUGGCAACAGAUUUAGUAGGAAGGGGGAUUGAUAUUGAACGUGUUAAUAUAGUCAUCAACUAUGACAUGCCUGAUUCUGCUGAUACCUAUCUUCAUAGGGUGGGAAGAGCUGGUAGAUUUGGCACCAAGGGACUUGCAAUUACCUUUGUGUCUUCAGCUGGUGACUCUGAAGUUCUUAAUCAGGUGCAAUCUAGGUUUGAGGUUGAUAUAAAGGAGCUUCCUGAACAAAUUGACACCUCCACAUACAUGCCUAAUUGAUGAAGUUUUGUGACGAUUUGAAGGCAUAAUGCAAAUAUCUAAUGUCAGCUGAGUAGCACAUCAUCAACUGGGUAGCACGUCAUCAAUUUGAGUGUUUUGACAGUGAAUAUUUAAUGAAAGAAAUUCUUUAAAUCCUAACGACAAUUAGGGAAUUUUAACUGCUCCUAAGUUUGGGAGCAUUGUAUCGGUUAUUCCAUCUUUUGUUUUCUUAAGAGUUAUUCCAUAUCCUGAAUGCUUCUGCUACUGCCUUUUAUUGCAUAUUUUGUAGGUCAGUGUAGCUUGUUUGUAUUUGUAUUUUUAUUGACUUCUUUUUUUGUAGUGGCACACUGUUCACGCUGUCAAUUUUUUUUUGUAGUUUGGUUGUGAUUGGAUAUUUUUUGGCAGAUUAUUUCAUCAUUAAUUACAAUGCUAUGUUAAUGUGUGAUUUUGAUCAAA